AUGCCCAAAGACAAGCAAUCCGAGGACGAUAUGCUCUCUUGUUUCACCGACACCCAUGGGAUCAUUACCACUACCAUGAACGACGUGCCCGGCCACAGAGUCAAACAAGUCCUCGGCACCGUGUAUGGUCUGACUGUGCGCUCACGUAACUGGGGUGCUGGGCUUGGUGGCGUGGCCCGGUCAAUAGCCGGAGGGGAGAUACGCGUGUUUACAAAGUUGCUGUAUACAGCACGCAACGAGGCGGUUGAGCGGAUGGUUGGAGAGUGCAUGUCUAGAGGUGGAAAUGCACUGGUAGCAAUGCGCUUUGACGUUGUCGAUAUGGGUGGGUUCUCGCAAAUAUGUGCGUAUGGCACUGCUUGCAUUGUGGAGAAAGUUGAUCAGGUUUGA